AUGAGUACAGCCAGCCCCCCCAACAGUCCCACCUCCGGUAAUAUCCUGUGGAAUUGGGUCUCAAACAGCACCGCCUCACAAAGUGAUGAGUUCGCGACUCAAAUCACCUGCUAUGCUUUCCCCUAUGGUGCCCUGGGAUUCUUGGCUCACCUGGUCAUGUUCUACGGCAUUGCGCUGUCGUCCCUGAACAAGUGCCCCUGGAGACCGAGCAAGCCGCUGUCGCAUUCGGCCCUUGACAUGAUAUUCGGCAUAGUCGGCUUGGUCAUUUCCUGUCUUUUCGCCUCUGUCACCAUUUACAGGUGCUCCGGGGCUCCACAAUACAUCUUGAUAGCUUUGUCCCAAAUCUUUGUGACUAUUACUUCCUUGGCCAUUGGUAUCAGUAUCGCCUGGAAUAUACGCGGCACAAAGAAGGAGAGCGAUAAUAAGGCUGAGAGCGAUAGCAAGGCUGAGAACGAUAGCAAGGCUGAGACCAAACUCACGCAUUAUAAAGCGCUAUGGUGGUUCAUAGUAGAGUUUUUAGGGUCCAUUAUGGAACUGGUUGGCGUCGUCAUGGUCCUCAAGGAGGCGGACCUCAUUGCAGUCGACAAGACGAAGCAAUCGGUAUUGACUAUGUCACUCAUCUUUGCAGGUUUUAUGGGCCUCCUUUUUGGCAUCGGGUUCAUAUGGCUCGAGUUGCGACAAUGUGCUCAGAGGCGUAUGGAAUGGGAGAUGUGCAAGGUUCAGGCCAAGUGCACUUUGUUGGAGGAACGGCUCGAGGCUCAACAGCCACGAGGUAGGCCUCGCAAUCGCCGUCGAGACACAUCGAGCAGUAAUGAACGGGAUCGGCGGUCACCUGUCCAUAAUAACGGUCGUGAGAGCGCCCGUCGUCGGUCCGGUCAACAUCAACCAACCCGAGGCGUGGGCAACGAUGCAGCGUCACACAUGGGUCAAGAGCGGGAUCUCGAGGCCCAGCGGCUCCUUUCCUCAUCUGGUGAGGCUGAGGCUCCGAAGGAGCCUGUUUUAUACCACUACCAAGACGUGCUCAACUCUGCCAAACAGAUUCUAAUAAUGGCGGGCGCGGCUUUCUCCCUUUCUGUGACGCUAUACACUGAUUGGAUUCUGGCUGCCGUUAGCGGCUCCUACUUGGGUUUCCCGACAACCGGCAACGUCCCGUUGACAGUGGUGUAUGUGUUAUUCUACUUUUUCGUGCGGCUGAUACCCGUGAUAACCCUUUAG